AUGACGCGUUCUCAGGAACCCGCUGCUGUUGAGCUUGGGGAAGACCAACACGCUGAAAAAUCUGACAAUGAUGAAGCGUUGCGAACGAGCGAGAAACAAUCCUUGAGUUUUAUCCAAAUAUACAAGAAAAUAAUGAACAUGGUGACUCUUCGCGAGAAGCUGAUGUAUACGGUGGGCAUUCUCGCCGCUAUGGGAUCCGGAACGGUACUGCCUUUGAUGACUCUAAUUUUCGGCAAUUUUGUGUCGGUAUUCACCGAUUUUGCUUUGGGACGAAUCCCCAGCGAGAGUUUCCGAGGCAAAGUAAACCACUAUACACUAUACUUCAUUUACAUGUUCAUCGCCAAGGCAGCAUGCACAUAUAUAUAUAUGUUUCUGUUCACAGUCGUCGCUGCCAGCGUCAAUUCGGCUGUUCGGCAGAAAUAUGUAAAUGUUGUACUCCACCAGCGAAUUGCCUAUCAUGAAACUGUUCUCACAUUGGGAGCCGUCUCCCUCGCCCUCUCCACUCAUUCUAAUACCAUUCGUUCUGGUCUGGCUGAGAAGUUUGGCUUGUCACUCAAAAGUAGCUCUACUGUCGUUGUAGCUUUCGUUGUGGCACUUCAUUCUCAGUGGAAAUUGGCUUUAGUCACGGCUACGAUAAUUCCAGCUGCGGUUGUGGCGGUCGGUAUCACGAGUGUGUUUGACGAGGAGAAAGAAGCGAGCCUCAACGCCAUCAAUGCAGAGGCCGCAACGCUUGCGGAUGAAGUGAUAAGUUCCAUGAGGACCGUCAGAGCGCUCGGAGCUGAAAAGGCUCUAGGCGGCAAAUACGAGGGCAUGCUGAAGCGUGCCAUUGCAAUUGGACUCGCUCGAUCUCUGAUCAAGGGAAUCCAAGCUGGGGUGUACAUGUUCAUCCUUUAUGGAGGAUACGCCCUCGCCUUUUGGUAUGGAUUGAAACUAUAUGUCGAUGGCGAAGCGGCAACGGCUGGUACAGUGAUCACCACUCUUUUCUCUAUCAUGAUUGGUGUAAAUGCUUUUUCCGAGCUCGCUGGCUAUCUUGGACCGUUUUUGCGAAUAAAAUCUGCUGGAGCCGAGAUUUUUGAAGUCAUUGAUUCGGCCCCAACAGCGCGAGUGAGCUCAGGGCAGGAUGAAAGCUCCAAUUAUGCGAUGGGCCAUUUCCAGCAAGACAUUACUUUUGACAGCAUAUCAUUCAAUUACCCAACUCGGAAAAAUGUUACGGUUCUAAAAGGGUUUUCUCUCAACAUUCCUGCUGGUAAAACUACUGCCUUGGUCGGGCCCAGUGGUUCCGGUAAGUCAACCGUUGUCGGGCUCCUUUUGAGAUGGUACGAUGCUGCGAAUGGGCAGAUCAAGAUAGGUGAAUCUGGAUUACAUGAAAUCCCACUUCAGACGCUGAGAGCGAAUAUUGGACUUGUGCAACAAGAGCCUUAUCUAUUCACUGGUACCGUAUACGAAAAUAUCGAGUAUGGAUUGUCAGGAAGCCCAUUGGGGCAGCUACCAGUCGAAGACAAGAAGCGUCUGAUCAUAGAGGCUUGCAAGACUUCCAACGCUCAUGAGUUUGUCACCAGACUCCCAGAGGGAUAUGAUACACCAAUUGGGAACCGAGGCACGAUGCUUUCUGGUGGUCAGAAACAGCGACUGGCUAUCGCUCGAGCAAUUGUCAAAAACCCACCCAUUCUUAUCCUGGAUGAAGCUACGAGUGCCCUUGAUGUGAAUUCAGAGGCAAUCGUCCAACGGGCGCUCGAUAAUGCUCGUGAAAAUAGGACAACUAUAUCAAUUGCCCAUCGCUUGACCACAAUCAAAGCUGCAGACCAGAUUGUGGUGAUGAAAAAGGGCGAAGUUGCAGAGGUUGGUACGCAUAUGAGCUUAUUGGACAAGGAACAUAGUAUUUAUAAACGGCUAUGGGAGGUGCAAAUGUUAUCGCAAAGCCGGCACUCCAUAGAAAGAGAGGAUGAAGAACUAGAAACAGUGGCCAGCGACUCUGUCCUACAAAAGGAACUGACACAGGUGGAAGAUGCAUCUCGUACAAUGUCGGAGCAGACGAGCCAAAAGCUUAAGAGCAGAGGAGUAUUCACUCUCGUUAGCAAAAUCCUUUCUUCUCAAAAGAAGCACUGGUGGGUGUUCUUCAUUAUUUGCGCAUCUGCAACCGUUGGAGGUGCUCUAUUUCCUGUUCAAGCGUUUCUUUACGCCAGAGUGGUGACAUCAUUCCAAUUGACUGGUACUGCCCUCGUAUCUCACGGUAAUUUCUGGAGUCUCAUGUGGUUUAUACUGGCUAUCGCAGUCGGAAUCGGGUACUUGGGUGUAGGAUGGGCGGGAGGAGCACUGGGAGAGCUUGUUGCCCAGGCAUAUCGAUAUGAGUACUUGCGCUCCAUGAUGUCUCAAUCUAUGGCAUUUUUUGAUCUUGAAGAGAAUUCUGUCGGCAGCUUGCUAUCCAGACUUUCGUCAGACCCCGACGCGGUCAACGCACUUGCUGGAAGUAAUCUUGCAGUCAUUGUAACUGUCGGAGUCGCAUUAGUUAGCUGCGUGGUGCUUGCUUUAGCCACAGGCUGGAAACUUGGUCUCGUGGUUCUCUUUGGCGGCUUCCCAUUUAUCUUUGGAGCUGGCGUUGUUCACGAAAGAAUGCAAAAUUCGUUUGAGGAGAAGUCCGGAGCCAUGUUGGCAGAUAGUGUUGGCUUUGCCAGCGAAGCUAUUCAGGCCAUCCGCACCGUGUCGGCGCUGAACACGGAACCGUUGAUCGAAAAGAAGUUUGGAAAGUUGCUGGACGAGUAUAGCCGCAAUGCCUGGCAAUAUGCGGUGCGGAGUAUGACUUGGUUUGCUUUGAGCGACAGCAUUGACUUGUUGUGUAUGGCUCUAGCCUUCUGGUACGGAGGCCGGUUAUUAUCAUUCCAGGAAUAUACAACAACACAGUUUUUUAUCGUGUUCAUAGCCAUCGUAUUUGGAGCUCAAACAACAGGACAAUUCUUUGCCCAUAGUUCAGGUAUAGUGAAACAGUCUCGAGAACUCGCAAUCGGAAUGCUAAUGUAUGGCCAUAUAGACAUAUCCCAAGGUAUAUCGUCGACCCGCGCGAUUCACGAAUUGGAAGAUUCCGUGCCGGAUGUGUCCAGUUUGAAUCAGACGGCGCCAGACAUUUCAGUUCUUAGCCAAGAAACUCCGCUUAUGGAGUUUCGCGAUAUAGACUUUUCAUACCCCUCCAGGUCAUCUCAACGGGUGCUGAAGCACUUCAACUUGAAGCUAUACAAAGGACAAUCCAUCGCUUUGGUAGGUCCUUCUGGGUGUGGCAAGUCCACCAUAAUUCAGCUUCUCGAGCGAUUUUAUGAGCCUCUAGCAGGAGAAAUUAUGAUUGCGGGUACACCAAUGCAGAGCUACGAUCCCGGAGUCACUCGCACAUUAUUUUCGUUGGUCAGCCAGGAGCCAGUUCUAUACCAGGGCACAGUCGAGGAAAAUAUCAACUUGGGAAGAUCCACGCCAUUGACGCCAAACGAACUAGAGCACGUCAUUGAUCAGUCACAACUUCGUGACUUAAUCUCAUCCCUCCCAGAAGGAGUGAAAACAUCAGUGGGAUCUAGAGGUACCCAACUCUCUGGUGGCCAGAAACAACGCAUUGCAAUUGCGCGAGCGAUUGCUAUGGAUGCACCGGUUCUGCUGCUCGAUGAAGCCACCAGCGCCUUGGAUAGUGAGACUGAGCAGCUCAUUCAAGCUGCCAUUAAAGAGGGCACUGCAGGGAAAACUGUCAUAUCGAUAGCACAUCGGCUUUCUACGAUCCAACAUUGCGACUGCAUUUAUGUGCUCGAUGGUGGAAGGAUAAUUGAGAAAGGAACUCACUCAAGCCUCUUGGAAUCGAAGGGUCAAUAUUGGUCCACGGUGAUGGCUCAGAUUGGUGUUUGCGAGUCUUGA